AUUUCUUCAACUAAGUAUAAGGCCUAAUGGGCCUCAUAAUUAGUAUCUCGUUUAAGGCCUAUUUCUUUAAUAGCUUGCUUGUAUUCAUUCUCUUUGUCUUUGGUUUCUCUGUAAACAAUCGAUCGAAAGAUCAAUGAAUUAAACUAUCAUUGUUUGAACAAACCCAAUCCGGGUCUAUCAGAAGUAAGUGACGAAGAGGAUGGGAACACAUGUAGCACCAUGGAAGCAGCUUCUCUUUGGCGCCAUUGAAGCCAAUUCUCAUCUAAGCCACUCUUCUUAUGUUCAGCUCGCAACGAUUGGUUUAAAUGGACGGCCUUCGAAUCGUACCGUCGUAUUCAGGGGAUUUGAAGAGAACAGUGACAGGAUUCAAAUCAACACCGAUCUUCGCAGUCGUAAGAUUGAAGAGCUUAAGCAUUGUCCUUUUUCUGAGAUGUGUUGGUAUUUCUCGGAUACUUGGGAGCAAUUCCGGAUCAAUGGAAGAAUUGAGGUCAUUGAUGCGUCCAAUCCUGACCAGACCAAGCUUCAGCAAAGAGAGAAAGCUUGGUUUGCUAAUUCUUUAAGGUCAAGGCUUAUCUACGUCUGUCCUACUCCCGGUAGUCCUUGCAACAGCGAGCAAUCAAGCCAACAAGUUAAAUUAGAUCCUUCAAGUGGUCCAGUUCCUGAAUACUGCCUGCUGCUUCUAGAGCCAGAAAAGGUUGAUUACUUGAAUCUGAAAACUAAUCAGAGGCUUUUCUUUUCUUCCAUGGCUACUGGAACUGGAGAGAAGUGCUGGACUUCAGAAAAGGUUAACCCAUAAUUAAACUUUUAAUGUCUGAGAGAAGAAUUUAUUAUUUGUGGAUUUCCCUUAUGUGGUACAUACAUCACACUUUGUAGCAAUUCAUAAUCCUUUUACUUUUACUCUUCACUUUCGAACAUCGCAUUCCGCCAUAUAAUUAAAAUAUCUGAAUAAAAGAAUCUUACUCUUUUUCUUCUAUA